UCCCUUUGAAGAGUGCGACACAACACCGCGCGAGCAGACAAUAUUAAUUAAUUAAUAUUGAUCAUGAUCUUAUUCUCCUUUCAGCCUGUUUAUCCUUUAGUUUUUCGCCUUUAAGAAGUCAAACUAUACUACUGCUAACAUGCUAACAUGCUAAGCUAUCAACGUCUCUACAACGUCACCGUGCGAGUACUUCCGUCGCGUGAACAGGAUCCGGUCCCGCGCCCAGAACCAGAACCCGUCUGAGACCGGCAUGGACGGAGGAGAGGAGGACUUCCUGUCCGCGAGCCGCUCCGACGACGGCGGCGGCACUCCGGUUCAGGACGAGCAUCACGGGUCGGACGGCGAGGAGCCGAGGAGCGACAGACCCCGGUCUGAGGACGAAGGCAGCAACGACGAGGAUCCCCCUGUCGCCAUGGAGACGAGUGGGGCGGCCAGUGGCUCGGACCUGGAGGAGCGGAGGGGCGGAGCUGACAGUGACUCGGAGGCGGAGCCUCCUCGACCCGCAGACAGCGACGACGAGUCUCCGGUCAAGCGCAGGACGAGCGGCUCGGAUGACGACGAUGAGACGAGCGCCAAACACGGCGAGGAGGGAGGGGGAGGAGGAGGAGGGGGGGCGUCGCCCGCCAAACGGAGGGGGAGCAGCUCAGACGUGGAGGCGGAGCCUAAAGCCGCAGACAGCGACUCAGACAACGAAGACGCCAAACCUGCGGCGUCCAACAGUGACUCUGACACAGAGACGAACGCCGGACGCAAGGCGGCGCCGAGAGACUCUGAGGAGGGGGAGGGGGGAGGGGGAGGGAAGUGGAAGGCUGUGAUGUCAGACAGCGAGGAGGAAGAGGAGAACGGACAGAGGAGGAAGAGCAGUGACGGCGAGGACGGGAAGGAGCAGAGAGACGACAGCGAGGACGACAAGCCAGUGAAGAGGAAGAAGGCGGUCCUGUCAGACAGCGACGACGACGAGGCCGACAAACCAGUGAAGAGGAGCCGGGCGGUGUCAGACGACGAGAACUCGGACAGCGACGAGGCGCCGGGCGGGCCGGACAAAAGUCUGGCUGCCAAACUGAGAGAGCUCGGAUCGGACAGCAGCGACGAGGACGACAGGACAAAGGUCAACGCCGAGAAGAAGGACGAGAAGGCGCUGUUUGGAAGUGACAGCGAGUCCGGAGAAGGAGAGGAGGAGGAGAAAAUGAUCGCUGACAUCUUCGGAGAGUCCGGAGACGAGGAGGAGGAAGAGUUCACCGGCUUCAACCAGGAGGACCUGGACGGAGACAAGAAGGAGGCAAAGGAGAGACAACAACAGGUGGAGGAAGACUCUGACUCUGAUGAUGGCGUCGACCGCAGCGGACAAGACACCAGCUUCAUGUCGGACUUCGACAUCAUGCUCGCUCGCAGGAAGGCGAUGAACAGUAAGAAGAGACGUCACCGUGAUGGAGGGACGUUCAUCAGCGACGCCGACGAUGUGGUCAGCGCCAUGAUCACCAAGAUGAACGAGGCGGCAGAGGAAGACCGAACUCUGAACAGUCAGAAGAAACCGGCGCUGAAGAAACUCACGCUGCUGCCGCAGGUCGUCAUGCACCUGAAGAAGCAGGACUUGAAGGAGACGUUCAUCGACAGCGGCGUGAUGUCGGCCAUCAAAGAGUGGAUCAGUCCACUUCCUGACAAGUCACUUCCUGCUCUGAGAAUCAGGGAGGAGCUCCUCAGGAUCCUACAGGAACUGCCCAGCGUCAGUCAGGAGACCCUGAAGCACAGCGGGAUCGGACGCUCCGUCAUGUUCCUGUACAAACACCCCAAAGAGUCCCGGUCCAACAAAGACCUGGCCCUGAAGCUCAUCAACGAGUGGUCCAGGCCGAUCUUCGGACUGACGUCCAACUACAAGGGCAUGACGAGGGAGGAGCGGCAGCAGAGAGACCUGGACCAGCAGAUGCCCCAAAGACGGCGGCUCAGUUCUGGAGGGCAGACGCCUCGCAGGGACCUGGAGAAGCAGCUGACCGGCGAGGAGAAAGCUCUGCGGCCCGGUGACCCCGGGUUCUGUGCCCGGGCUCGGGUCCCCAUGCCCUCCAACAAAGACUACGUGGUCCGGCCCAAGUGGAACGUGGAGGUCGAGUCCAACAGGGGCCCGAUGAAGAAGGGCAUGUCCCGGGUCGAUAAACAGAUGCGUAGAUUUGCAGACAUCCGGCGCCUGACGAAGCCGGGUCACGCUGUGAAGAUCAGCGUGGAGGGGAACCGGAUGCCGCUCUGAUUUUAGCCUCCAUAGGAUUUAUUUUUCUUUUUAAUGUGUCGAUCCUUCUCAGGUCUAGACCCGCCUCCUGACGGGCCGAGGUCCGUCUGACUUGAUGAGUCAGAACUUCUGAAUUUACAGGAAAUGCUAAAGGAAAAAAGUUUCAGAUCCUCCUGAAAUGAUCUGAAAGGUCACUGUUAAUGAUGCUAGCAGUUAGCUACAUUAGCUCCAAGCCAGCUAAUUAGCAUUCAUGUUCAAAGUAAGCUAAUGCUAGGAGUGAGCCCAUUGAGAUGUGAUGGACAGUGAUAGCUUAUGCUAAUGUAAGCAGGUGCUUUAUGUGAAGCUAAUGUUAGCAAACAGCUACAUUAGCAAACUCAGAUUUCUUUCAUAUUACCUGUCUGAGCUAAUGUUAGCAUUUAGCAUUUUUAACUCCACACCAACGGCAUCCUUAAUGCUAGCUCAUGCUACAGCUACAUUAGCAUCAUGUCUGAAGGUUUAAAGUGAAAAUCAAGAUCAUGCUAACAUCUUUAACGUUAGCAUGCUGAAGCUAACGUUAGCAUGCUGAAGCUAACGCGUCCUGAUUGGUUGGAUUUUGUUGAUUAAAAACUGACCUGAGAUCAUUUCAGAGACACUUUGAACUUUUUUGUCCGUCAGGUUCUUUAAACGUUUUUGAAAUGUUUCUGAUCAAACUCCUCGAGCUGACCUCCUCCUCGCUCUUUUUUGUCCCUCCUCUGCUCCUGUACAGAAGUCUGUAAACUGUCUGCAGGUCCACACACAUUCUGGAUCAUCAGGUCCAGGUCCUGGUUCUGGUCCAGAGUCUGUGCUGUCUGUGUUGUGGAUCAGAUGAUUUUCUUAAUAAAGACUCAAAGACACAAACUGAACUCUGAU